AUGGUACACAUCCAAGACUUUGACGGCGCCAACGUCGAGCCGCACUGGGGCUACGCCGACCGCGUCGUGCCAUGCAAGAACGACGCGGGCUCCUGCGCCUACCUCGACGCAGUGUACGGCGCGCACGACGUCGGCAUGACCUACGUGGGGAUCAUGUGGAUCGUGAUCUGCUCCAUCCUCCUGCUCUGGGCGCUCUACCGCUCUCUCACGCCCGGACCGCGCGGAAAACGGACAGCAGCCCUGCGCGCGCUGCUGCAUCGCUACCUCCUGCCCAACAUCGCGCCGCCAAGACCGGGCUGGGCCCGCCGAGCUGUAACGAGUAUCUUCGGGCACGCGACGCGCCUCCAAGUGCUCCUCGUGGCGGGGAUGCUGGCGUACCUCGCCGUCUUCUCCUUUGUGGGCAUCACGUACCAGACCUGGGUCACGCCGGUGAAGAACAGCGACCCACAAGUGUACAACACGCGCACUUCGCUGGGGCCGUGGGCGGACCGCGUCGGCGUGCUCGCGUACGCGCUUACGCCGCUUAGUAUCCUGCUCGGCGCGCGCGAGUCCUUGCUCUCCGCACUCACCGGCGUGCCGUACCAGCAGUUCACCUUCCUGCACCGCUGGGUGGGGCACGUCAUCUUCGCCCAGUCGGCGCUGCACACCAUCGGCUGGUGCAUAGUCGAAAUAAGGCUGUACCAGCCGCAACCGCAGGUCGCGCGCGAGUGGAUCGUGCAGACGUACAUGGUCUGGGGCAUUGUCGCCAUGAUACUCCUGCUGCUGCUGUGGUUCCUCGCCACGCCGUGGGGACAGCGGUUGACCGGAUACGAGACCUUCCGCAAGGCGCACUACGUGCUCGCCAUGGUGUACAUUGGCGCGUGCUGGGGACACUGGGACGGGCUCAAGUGUUUCCUCCUGCCCAGCCUGUUGCUCUGGGGCGCGGACCGCGGCCUGCGCCUCCUGCGCACAGCGCUGCUGCACCACCGCGUGAUCGGCGGCGGGGUGGGGGUGUUCACGACGUUCGCGUGCCGAAUCACACCCUUCCACGACGCCCACGACGCCGCGCGGCUCGACGUCAAGGCAUCAGUCCCCGCCGCCCCGGGCCAGCACUACUUCCUCACUUUCCCCCGGGGGAGUAUCUGGCAGUCCCACCCCUUCACGCCUCUCUCCGUCUCCGACGACGGACUCGCAUUCAUCGUCCGCGCCCGCCGCGGCGAGACGCGCAAACUCCUCGCCCUCGGCCCCGAGACGCCCGUCAUCCUCUCUGGGCCCUAUGGGCCGGACAUCAGUGCGCCGCGUGAAAGUAGCGUGCUCGCCAUCGCGGGCGGGACGGGGAUCGCCUACGUCCUCCCUGUCCUGCUCGAGCAGAGGUGCAAGGGUCCUGUGCAGCUCGUGUGGUGUGUGCGGGAGCGCGCCGAUGUGGAGUGGAUCAAGCCCGAGAUGGCGCAGCUGCGACAGGCGAGCGUCAGCGUCACGAUCCACGUUACGCGCGAAGCGGUCGCACCGCAGGAGAAGAUGGUCUCGGGGGCCGUCUCGGAGGCCGCAACGCCAGGCGAGCUCGACGUAGUGGAUAAACUCGCCGCCAUGUCGACCGAGACGCCCCCCGAGACGCCUCUCGAGACCCCCGACAUCUCGGCAGAGAAACCCUUCAUCGCCAGCAGCGACGAGACGGCCCCUCUCACGCGGCUGGAGAGGUACGAGUCUGGCCGCUGUGUCGUUGACAGCGUCAUCGGCUCUUUCCUCAACAAGACGAGCGGGCACUCGCGGGUCUACGUCUCUGGCCCCGCCGCAAUGGUGGCUGAGGCGAGGCAUGCGGUCGCGUGUCGGGCUGAUCCGAAGGCGAGUCGGAAGUACGGAGACGACGUCGAGUUCUUCUAUGACGAGCGCCUGGAUUGA